UGCUUAUGUUAUUGUCGUUUAUUGUUCUCGACCCGUCAUUUCAACUUCGCUGUCGUUCAAUUUUUGCUGUCGUUUAUGCCAAGUGGCGCAAAGAAAACGUCUCGCGCCAAAGCCACACUCUCUCAAUCCUCCCAAAUCCGAUGCGAUGCAAAUUGCCAAUCUCUUCUCCUUCUCUGCCCCAAAAUCCCCACACCUCUUCCCCAGAGCUGCCUUCAAGCCCUCCCACCGGCUCAGCCUCUCUCCGACCACCACCGCCGCCACCCUCGAAGCCGAAACCCUACAGCUUCUCGAAUGGAGCUCCGUCUGCAACCAGCUCUCCGCUUUCACCUCCACCUCCAUGGGCUUCUCCGCCGCCCGGACCGCCGCCAUUCCCUUCGGCCGCUCUCGGGACGAGAGCCAGAAGCUUCUCGACCAGACUGCCGCCGCCGUGGUCGCCAUCGGUUCUCGGCCGUUGGAUUUCUCCGGAAUCGAGGACGUAUCGGGAAUUGUGAAUUCCGCAUAUUCCGGUGUGUUGCUUACUAUCAAGGAGCUUUGCUCGAUGAGGAGAACGCUAAUGGCGGCUAGGGCUUUGUCUGAGAAGUUGAAGGAACUAUCUUCUAGCGGAGAUUGUAGGUAAAGGUACUUGCCCCUUCUUGAAUUACUUCAAAAUUGUGAUUUUCAAGUGGAACUGGAGCAAAAGAUAAGAUUUUGCAUAGAUUGCAAUCUCUCAAUUAUCCUUAGUAGAGCGAGCGAUGAUUUGGAGAUUAUUACGUCUGAAAGAAAGAGGAACAUGGAAACUCUGGAAGCUUUGUUAAAGGGUGUUUCAUCUCAGAUUUUUCAGGCUGGUGGUAUUGACAGCCCUUUAAUCACAAAGCGGCGGAGUAGGAUGUGUGUGGCUGUUAGGGCUUCCCACCGGUAUUUACUCCCGGAUGGCGUAAUUCUAGAUGUUAGUAGUUCUGGGGCGACAUAUUUUGUGGAACCUAGGGAUGCAGUGGAGUUAAAUAACAUGGAGGUGAGGCUUUCUAAUGCUGAGAAUUCUGAGGAGAUAGCCAUUUUGAGCUUGCUUACAUCUGAAAUAGCGAAAUCAAAAGGCGCAAUGGAGUAUUUGUUGGAUAAAGUUCUAGAAGUUGAUCUUGCGUUUGCUAGAGCUGGUCAUGCUCUAUGGAUGAAUGGGGUCUGCCCAAGUUUCACUUUAGAAUUUAGUGAGGUUGUAGAUUCCGGCAACUCAGAUUACUCUACAUUUUUGGAUAUUGAUGGAAUUCAACACCCAUUACUCCUUGAGUCAUCUCUUAGAAGUUUGUUAGAUAUAGGAUCUAAGAAUUCUUCAGAUGGUGUAUCGUAUUCUUCGCAUCAUUUAGCCAAUUCUUUGGAUGGUGUAUCUGACUAUCCUGUGCCAAUAGAUAUCAAAAUUGGCCAUGGCACCAGAGUGGCUGUGAUCUCAGGACCUAAUACUGGAGGGAAAACUGCUUCCAUGAAAACUUUGGGUCUGGCAUCACUCAUGUCAAAGGCUGGAAUGUUCCUUCCUGCAAGAAACAACCCAAAACUUCCAUGGUUUAAUCUGGUUCUGGCGGAUAUUGGAGAUCAACAGUCGCUGGAGCAAAAUCUCUCAACUUUUAGCGGACACAUGUCACGUAUCCGUAACAUCUUGGAAGUGGUCUCAGAAGAAUCACUUGUCCUCAUUGAUGAAAUUGGAGGUGGAACCGAUCCUUCAGAAGGUUUGGCUCUUUCCACCAGCAUCUUGCAGUAUCUCAAAGAUCGCGUGAACUUAGCUGUUGUGACUACUCAUUAUGCGGAUUUAAGUCGCCUCAAAGAAAAGGACAAUCGGUUUGAGAAUGCAGCCAUGGAAUUCUCUCUAGAAACUUUACAACCUAAGUAUCAGAUUCUUUGGGGAAGUAGUGGUGAUUCAAAUGCAUUAAGUAUUGCUAGGACAGUCGGUUUCGAUAAAAAUGUAGUCGAAAAUGCAGAAAAAUGGAUAGAGAGGUUAGUUCCAGAGCAGCAGCUGGAGCGGAGAGGUUUGCUAAAUCAAUCAUUAGGGGAAGAAAGAGACAGACUGGAAGCUCAGGCUAAGAAAGCUGCAUCUUUACACGCAGAUGUUAUUGAACUUUAUUGUGAGAUCCAAGAUGAGGCUGAAGAUCUUGAUAAACGUGAAACAGCUUUGAUGUUAAAAGAAACCUUACUGGUCCAGCGGGAGGUGAAAGCUGCGAAAUCUCAAAUGGAAACUGUGCUACAGGAAUUUGAAAAUGAACUCAGAACAGCGAGCUCCAAUCAAUUAAAUUCUCUGAUAAGAAAAUCGGAAUCUGCAAUUUCAUCUAUCCUAGAAGCUCACUCUCCUGGUUAUGGUUCCUCUGCUCGUGAAACAGAUGCCAAUUCAUACACACCCGAAGUUGGAGAGCAAGUUCAUUUGAAGGGACUCAGAGGUAAGUUAGCCACUGUAGUGGAAGCUCCUGCUGAUGAUGAAACAGUCUUAGUGCAAUACGGUAAAAUUAAGGUUCGCGUGAAGAAAAGUGAUAUCAGUCCGAUACCUAGUAGUAAGAAGAAAGCCACUACUGGUUCCACCCAACGAUUGAAGCAGCAGGACUUCGGACUGUUUAAGAACAAAUACCAAGUGCAUGCUAUGGGGACGCUUCAGGCGAGCAGAGAAUUCCAGAGUCAAAGAGGGGACAACAAAGGAGAAGAGGUUUCUUAUGGUCCCGUAGUGCAGACAUCAAAGAACACAGUCGAUCUACGUGGUAUGCGCGUAGAAGAAGCUUCUUACAAUCUGGAAAUGGCCAUUGCAGAAAGAGAGUCGGGUUCAGUUCUCUUUGUCAUACAUGGUAUGGGCACUGGAGCUGUCAAGGAGCGUGCACUUGAGAUGUUAAGAAACCAUCCACGAGUUGCUAAUUAUGAGCAAGAAAGCUCAAGGAACUAUGGUUGUACAAUUGCUUACAUCAACUAGUUAUGUCAUUUUGUCAACUUGGUCAAGCAAAUUACGUAGGUAACUGUUUCCUCCAUGGCUUAUCAUGUUUUUCGCUUUUUUCUUUUGGAUUUCUUUGGGGGUAAAUGACCUCUGAGCAUUUUGUAAAGUUGAAACGUGAACUAUUGGUUCUUUAAUUUACUACGGAUUCAUUUUUUUUUUACUUUCAUUUUCAAUGUUGCCAAUAUUAGACCCUCUCAAAAGGCACUCUUUGCUUAUUUCCACAUCAUGAAUC